AUGGCGCGGUUUUUCACAGGCUGGUGGAUCAUCAUCGAUGCAGCUGUUAUGUAUCCCACUAUGGAGGUGUUCAACCACUCAUACCAUGCUUGUGGCGUCAUAGCAACCAUAGCCUUCCUCAUGAUUAACGCAGUGUCGAAUGGACAAGUUCGAGGUGACAGCUAUAGUGAAGGCUGUCUGGGCCAGACCGGCGCUCGAAUCUGGCUCUUCAUCGGUUUCAUGUUGGCCUUCGGAUCCUUGAUCGCGUCCAUGUGGAUUCUCUUUGGCGGUUAUGUUGCUAAGGAAAAGUCCAUAGUAUAUCCUGGAAUUGCUGUUUUUUUCCAGAAUGCCUUCAUCUUUUUUGGAGGGCUGGUUUUUAAGUUCGGCCGCACUGAGGACUUAUGGCAGUGAAGACACCCACCUCUGCAGCACAGCCGCCCUGCAUGGGAUUUUUUUUCCCACCGCUCACCCAAUCUUUUGUAAUGCUGUUUUCUAAACUUAUUUCUGGGUCUAAGUCUCAGCUUAAAAUGGUAUAAUGCUAGAAUCAUGAACUCCUAUGUGAACUGCAGCGGUCUAGUGCGGCGUGCCCCUGACCAGCUUGGCAGUGGGAAAGGAAACUGCUGACAUGAGUGACUUUGUCAGCUUCUGUCAUGCUCUAAAGAGUCGAUUAGAGAGAAAUGGCGGAAUCGUGGGGGUGAGGGUUCGCUCUGUGAUCCAGUGUUUACUAAGCACGGCCUUUUCUGUGUCCGAUGUUGAAUAAUGUAUAAACAUUUUCUUGUUAUUAAAAACUAUCCAGUGGUUGGAGUUC